AUUUAUCUAACCUCACUUUUCACACGUUGCCUUUUGAAAAACGUUGUUUCUGUGAUGUGUUGAGUAUUACUUCUUAAUUUAACAAUGAGUGAACACAACAGCGAUGUUGUUGACAAAAAGAAAAGUCAUAGAGAUAGACAUUCCGGUAGGAAGGCAGAUAAAAAAGCGAAGAAAAAUGCACAAAAUUCCAGUGAUAAUUUAACAGACAGACAAAGGAAUCCAAAGGCGUUUGCAAUUAAUUCGGCAGUUAGUGCAGAACGAAAAUUUAGAAGGAAACAAGAUAUUGACACCAAAAAGCAGCAUGUACCAUUAGUUGACCGUACCCCAAUUGAACCUCCGCCAAUACUUAUAGCUGUUGUCGGACCCCCAAAGGUUGGAAAGAGUACAGUUAUUAAUAAUUUAAUAAAACUAUUUACUAAAUCUCCUUUAACUGAAAUUAAAGGCCCAGUAACAAUAGUUAUUGGGAAGAAGCGCAGAAUAACAUUAAUAGAAUGUAACAAUGAUAUAAAUUCAAUGAUUGAUUUAGCUAAAGUUGCUGAUCUAGUUUUAUUGCUUUGUGAUGCCAGUUUUGGCUUUGAGAUGGAAGUGUUUGAGUUCUUAAACAUUUGUCAAGUUCAUGGUAUGCCUCGGAUUAUGGGAAUUUUAACUCAUUUGGACAUGAUAAAAAAUUCAAAAGCUUUGAAAGCUAAGAAGAAAACAUUGAAACAUAGAUUCUGGACAGAAGUGUAUGCUGGCGCAAAAUUAUUUUAUUUAUCUGGUAUACUGCAUGGAGAAUAUUUGAGGAAUGAAAUUAAAAAUUUAGGUAGAUUCAUAUCAGUUAUGAAGUUUAGACCUUUAAUUUGGAGAACAACUCACAGUUAUAUAUUAGGAGACAGAUAUGAGGACCUAACAAAUCAGGAAAAUAUCAGAAGGAACCCAAAUUGUGAUAGAAAUAUAUCACUUUAUGGCUAUGUUAGGGGAGUUCCUUUGAAAAAGGAUACAUCAGUGCAUGUGCCUGGUUUGGGAGAUUUAAAAAUAAGUGAUAUGUCAUAUUUACCAGACCCUUGCCCUUUACCAGAAGAACUUAAAAAACGAGCUCUGGUGGAAAAAGAAAAAUUAAUAUAUGCUCCCUUCUCUGGGGUUGGAGGCAUUGUUUAUGACAAAGAUGCUGUGUAUGUAGAGUUGGGAGGCUCACAUAGUCAUACCAAAAAAGAUAAUGAAGAUGAAUCUACAAACAUAGUAAAUAAUUUGAUUGAUGUUAAAGAAACUUUAGAUGUGAAAAUGCAGCACUCAGAGUUGCAAUUGUUUACUGGAGGUGAAAAAUUAGUUUCAAAAGACUGGAAGGAAGAAGAGGAAAAGAAUGUUGUCACAAAAUUAUAUGAGCAGCCACAAUCAAAAUCUGAAGAUGAUCUUGCUGAAGAGUUAGAUGACCUUAGAAAGAAUAGUUGUAAUAAGAAUUAUGAGGAAGUUGAUGAUGGAGGAAGAAUUAGGAGAAGAGUAAUCUUUGAGCAGAAUGAUGAAGAUUUUUCAAAAGAGUUGGAAGAGCAUUCAGAUGAAGAUAAUUCAUCAAAUGAUGAAGAAGAAUCAAAUAAUACAAAUGAUUAUUAUACUCUAAAAGAAAAUAAGGACAAACAUGUUCAUUCAAAAAUAUCUGAUGUUUUACAACAAUUAAAUUCAAAAAAAGUUUCUUUUAACUCUACUGAAGAAGAUAAUGAAGAAUCAUCAGGAGAAUCAUAUGAUGAUGAACCUUCAGGAGCUGAUAAUAAAAAUGAAAUUAGUGAUGACGAUGAAGAAAGUGAUGAAGAUGAUGAUGAUGACUUAAAAUGGAAAGAUAAUCUGGCUGAAAAGGCACAGAUAAAUUUCCAUAAUAGACAAAAUGAUAAUAAAAAUUUAAUGAAACUUGUUUAUGGAGUGUUUGAUGUUAAACAUUCUCAACCUGAAGUCCCUAAUGAAUCAGAAGAUGAAGAAGAGGGAAUAGGAGGUCUCUUUAAGAAAGUUACCAAAGACCAAGAGAAACUUAGGACAGAAAAGGAAAGUAUGGAUUUAAUUGAGUCAUCUUUAAGUCAACCAUGGAAUUCAAAAAUGGAAGAUUGGCUUGCACCUGACAAUAAAGCCCUAAUUAUAAAUUGCUUUGUAACUGGAAAGUGGAAAGAUUCGGAAGAUGCAAGUAUGUUACUGAAGUUGGAUGACGCCGAGGAUUUGAGCGACGCAGACUCAGAAAUGUUUGGCGAUUUUGAAGAUCUGGAAACUGGAGAAAAACAUGUGAGUAAUAAAGGAGAGAAGCGAAAACGUGAAGACAAUGAGAAAGAUGAAUUAGCAGACAAGGUAGCAUUGGCAGAAAAAAAGAAGAAGUUGAAGGAAAAAUUUGAUGCUGAAUAUGAUAAUACUGAAAAAAAUAGUUAUUAUGAUGAAUUGAAAAUGAAUGCUGAAAAGCAAGCUCAGCUUAACAAAACGGUAUUUGAAAAUUUACCAGAUGAUGUUCGAGUACAGAUUGAAGGCUUCAGGCCAGGAAUGUAUGUUAGAAUGGAGUUUGAAAAUAUUCCUGCUGAGUUUAUAAAUAACUUUGAUCCAACAUAUCCUCUCAUAAUUGGAUCUUUGAAUAUGGGUGAAGAAAAUAUUGGUUAUGUUAAUGUAAAAAUCAAAAAACAUAGAUGGUACAAGAAAAUUUUGAAAACAAGUGAUCCAUUGAUAGUCUCAUUAGGUUGGAGAAGGUUUCAAACUAUACCAUUGUAUUCAAAAUUAGAAGAUGAUUUAAAGUUUAGGUACCUAAAGUACACACCAGAGCAUUUGGCUUGCAAUGCACAUUUCUGGGGACCCAUAACACCCCAGGGAACAGGAUUUUUAGCACUUCAGGUUGUUGAUCAAAAUCCAGAGGUAUUAAAGACACAAGGAUUUAGGAUAGCAGCAACUGGAUCAGUUCAAGAAUUGGAUAAGUCCACUCAGAUAAUGAAGAAAUUAAAACUUGUGGGAUAUCCAUUGAAAAUAUAUAAAAAGACAGCAUUCAUUAAGGGCAUGUUUAACAGUUCACUAGAAGUGGCAAAGUUUGAAGGUGCAAGAAUCAAAACAGUCUCAGGAAUUAGAGGUCAAAUAAAGAAAGCUAUAAAUAAGCCAGAAGGCAGUUUCAGAGCAACAUUUGAAGAUAAAAUCCAGUUGAGUGAUAUUGUUUUUUGUCGAACAUGGUACAAAGUUGAUUUACCCCAAUUUUAUAAUCCUUUGACGAAUCUUCUAUUGCCACCUGGACAGAAGAACGCGUGGAAGGGUGUAAGAACAACUGGUGAAAUAAAAAGAGAGAAAAACAUCAGGAACCAAGUGAAUAAGGAUAGUUUGUACACACCAGUUAUAAGAGAAGAGAAGCCACUGAAACCAUUAAUAAUUCCGGCCAAGUUGCAAAAGGCGUUGCCAUACAGAGACAAGCCUAAACAUGGUGUUAAAGAAAGUGAAAAGAAACAAUCAAUUGAGAGAGUAGCAGUAAUAAGAGAACCUUAUGAACAAAAAAUUGCAAAAAUGAUGAAAAUGAUUAAGGCCUCAUAUGAGCAUAAACAGGAAAAACAAAAACAGGAAACCCAAGAAAGACUUGAGAGGCACAGGGCUCAAAUUGCUGGAGUAGAAGCUGAUAAAUUGAAGAAGAUACAACAGAAGAAAAAAGAAGUAUUUAGGAAGAAAAGUAAGGCUCAAAUACGCGAGGAAAAUAAAGUAAAUAAAAAAUAGUAUCUGUAAUCAUAUUGUUACACUUUAUAAACUUGUUUAUAUUCAUUUAAUUCAUGUUUUUGAAUUGAACACACUAGUUAUCUUUUGAUAUUCACAAAGAAUUUACAAAGGAUAUAAAAUAAAGCAAAAACAUACGUCUUUCAGUUA